CAAAAACUUCUCCUUUGGGCGUAAGAGACUGCGUCACUCCGGUCUCCUUUCUUGUCCUCUCCUAAAAUAGCAACCCCUUGUCAUCAAUGGCAAUUCUACAAUUACCUCAAAAACCGGGGUCUUGUACCCACAUAUAGUAUCUGCGAUCACAUCAUCAUCUCCUCUCCGACCUAUAUGCUCGGGUUCUGCCCAAAAAAAGGAAAAAAGAAAGUCACGAGAAAAAAGCAAACAAAAUUUUCAGAUUCCCACAAAAUCCGUUUUUUGGGUCUCAGAUCUUCAACGAAGAAAACAAAAUACCCGCGUAGAUAAAGACUCGAUUUUGACUGAUGAUGGGUAGCUUGAGGGAGAAAUUGGUUUCGUUUUCCAACAGCAGAUGGCUGGUUUUCGUGGCAGCAAUGUGGAUACAAUCCUGUGCAGGAAUUGGGUAUCUAUUUGGGAGCAUAUCGCCGGUGAUAAAGAGCUCUUUGCACUACAAUCAGAAGCAGAUUGCGAGAUUAGGCGUGGCUAAGGACCUUGGGGAUAGCGUUGGGUUCUUGGCUGGAAGCUUGUGCGAGGUUCUGCCUUUGUGGGCAGCUCUCUUUGUUGGUGCUUUGCAGAAUUUUGUUGGGUAUGGCUGGGUUUGGCUCGUCGUCACCGGCCGAGCUCCGGCGCUGCCGUUGUGGGCGAUGUGUGUCCUUAUAUUUGCGGGUACAAAUGGUGAAACCUACUUCAAUACCGCAUCUCUGGUUUCAUGCGUGCAAAACUUUCCGAAGAGCAGGGGCCACGUGGUGGGAGUACUCAAGGGUUUUGCAGGUUUAGCUGGCGCAAUUCUGACUCAGAUAUUUGCAGUGAUUCAUACUCCUGAUCAUGCAGCACUCAUCUUCAUGGUUGCAGUUGGGCCAACAAUGGUGGUUAUCGCCCUUAUGUUCAUUGUCAGGCCUGUUGGAGGUCACAAACAAAUCAGACCAUCGGAUAGCUCAAGUUCCUCAUUCAUCUAUAGUGUUUGCCUCCUUUUGGCUGCAUAUUUGAUGGCCGUUAUGCUUCUAGAAGAUCUAGUUGAUUUGAGCUACACUGUGAUCAUAAUUUUCACUGUCGGAUUAUUUAUUCUCCUAGCAGUCCCUAUUGUGAUUCCUGUAUCAUUGAGUUUUUUCCCGGAGACAAGAGAUCCAGCAGAAGAAGCACUUCUUCCUGAUUUACAUAAGCAUGAAGCCAGCAAAUCUGGACAUGAUAUAAAUGAGGUUAUAUUUAGCGAGGUGGAAGAUGAGAAACCUAAGGAAGUAGACUUGCUUCCUGCUUUAGAGAGGCAAAAGCGAAUCGCCCAACUGCAAGUAAGACUAGCCCAAGCAGCUGCAGAAGGGGCUGUGAGGGUCAAGAGGAGAAGGGGGCCACAUAGGGGGGAGGACUUCACCUUGACACAGGCUUUGAUAAAGGCCGACUUUUGGCUUAUCUUUUUCUCACUUCUAUUGGGAUCUGGAUCAGGUUUGACAGUGAUUGAUAAUUUGGGUCAGAUGAGCCAAUCCUUAGGGUAUGAUAACACGCAUGUAUUUGUUUCCUUGAUCAGCAUUUGGAACUUUCUUGGCCGGGUUGGUGGGGGUUACUUUUCUGAGAUUAUUGUCAGGGACUAUGCUUAUCCAAGGCCAGUGGCCAUGGCUGCUGCCCAAUUCAUAAUGGCAUUUGGGCACUUCUUCCUUGCUAUGGGUUGGCCCGGGGCAAUGUACAUUGGCACACUACUAAUUGGGCUUGGCUAUGGGGCGCACUGGGCUAUUGUCCCAGCCGCUGCCUCUGAAUUAUUUGGCUUGAAAAAAUUUGGAGCUUUGUACAAUUUUCUUACCUUGGCAAACCCUGCUGGUUCCCUAGUCUUCUCCGGUCUGAUUGCAAGUAGCAUAUAUGAUAUUGAAGCGGAGAAGCAGCACCACCACCACCCUCACCUCCAAAAGGUUCUGGGAUCAACAUUUCUAGGCAGUUUUGCUGUGGAUGAACCACUAAAGUGUGAUGGCGCCAUAUGCUUCUUCUUCACGUUGAUGAUAAUGUCCGGACUUUGCAUCAUUGCAGUUGUUUUAAGCAUGAUACUCGUACAUCGCACUAAGGUUGUUUAUGCUCACCUUUAUGGAAAAUCUCAUACCUGAUUUUUGGGAGGAGAUUGAAGAUGAGAUUUUAAGAAAUUGAAGAUGAGAUUUUAAGAACUCUAUUAUAUUUGGGUUGGCAUUCUCUAUAUGUAUUGUGCAAGGUGGUAGAAGAUUCCGCUGUUUCCACCCUAUGUUUCUGAAAAUGUUUGUAGGGAGUAAUGGACGAAACUUACCCCACAACAGUUUUACGGACACUGGGAACCAAGCAUACAAGGGAUAUUUCCACAUUCUCCCUACUGCUCGGGACCAAUAUCUUGGUGUUUGAUUUAGGAUCUUCUGUUUCGCGUAGGGAGUGAUGCAUCAAGUCAUACAUUUGCUUGGAGUGAACGGUUGACCUUUGAAUUCAUCGCUAUAAACGAUUUACAAUGCAUAUGGAUUUAUUGUUUCCUGUUUUCAUGCAAGGUUUUUUUUUUUUUUUUUUCCAUCUUCAUAUCUUUUGCGAUGCGUUUUUAGAGCAUUCGUGGUUAAGUAUCUGAUGUUGUUGCUAGGUAUGUUGGUGUUGCUGUCAGAUAUGUUUGUUAACUGGUUUAUGAAUAGUCUUUUGAAGUGAA